AUGCCAUCCGCGAACAAAGGAAAAGGAAAGGGCCGCGAUGUGCGACCAUCGCGAAGCCGCAACACGACCCCUAGCUCCGGCUUCAGCGCUGCCCCCGCCGCAACCUCCGCUCCCGUUACCAGCUACCUUGACAACGAUGCCUCGAAACUAGUCGUCCCUGUGACCGUACAAUAUACGGAGAUUCUCGAGCGCAUGGGUGGGGUAGGCCCCAUUCCAGACUUGAAGUCGUUGGAAUUGUUGAUGGAACACCUGAAGUCCCUAAGUCAAUCGGCGGAGGCUCGUGGUGAUGCUUGCAACGCCGGAAUCAGGGAGCUGUCUCAGAAGCGGAAGGAAGUGGCCGACGAAUCCGAGUUGUAUGUGAAGCAUGAAGCCGACGACGAGGAGGAGGAGGGCAAGGCAGGCAAGGCAGGAAAGUUCAAGAAGCGAAAAGAGAGGGGCAGCAGUUCGAAAGAGGAGCGACCAUUGACUCAUGGGGCUCGUGAAAUGGCCCGCCAGGAUGGCGGAGAAACAAAGGUAGAUGGUGCCGCAUCUCCAGCUUCCAAGAAAUCCAAAAAUGUAGUCUCCGAUGAGAUGUCCUCACUGUCUCCAGCAGAACCUGCUUCACCGCGCCAGGAAGGCGACGAAGCAAACGCGGCCUCACCUGAUUCUGAUGACAGCUCCGACUCACAUCAACCCGAGCCCGCGCCAGCUGUACCGCAAAUCCAAGUAUUCGGUCCCAACCCGCUCAAAUUCGAUGAUCCUACAAUAUACCACAUCCGAGAAGUCACGCCAGGUAUGACAGAUGAUGACAAGAAAGAAAUAUACAGUGUCAAUGUUUUCCCUGAAAGCGACUUGCGUCACUUGAUGGCGGGCACUGCCCCAGACCGGGAUUUCAGCAAUGCCAAACCUACCAACCAGGUAAAUGCUAAUACCUUCCUCAUCUGGGUUGACCCUUAUGUCCGCCCCAUGAUGGAAGAAGAUAUAGCUUUCCUGAAAGAGAAGGGCGAUCGAGUUACGCCAUUUAUGAUGCCGAAGCGUGGCAAGAGGAAAUACUCGGAAAUAUGGGCCGAGGAAGACGGGCUCAUGAAUAUCGACCAAGCCAAUGGCGAUCGAGAACAAUUGCCAUUGAAUGAAGGCCGAGGAAAUAUUGACCAGAUAACCGAUGAGACUGUAGAAACGGACAAGGUGUCAGUGGGCCCGUUGGUCAGUCGCCUCUAUUCCCUACUGCGGUACGAACAUCGUGCUCCUGAGGAAAACGCGACAAACGGGACCACCAACGGGGAUGUCGCGAUGAACGGUAUGAACGGAGACUCAAUGGACAUUGAUCAUCCACCAGGAGAGUCAGAAAACAAACCACAGUCAUCAGCAACCACCUUCCGGGCCGCAUCUCCCAGCGGCUUCAAAGUCCCCGCCGCGAAACUCGACCACGCACAGCUCGACGAACGAUUAAAAGCGGAACUCCGACACGUCGGCUUCCUCGGGCCCGACGACAACCCAGACUAUGACGCUCACUACGACGACGACAUCGCCCAGCGCCUCCGCCUGUUACAAAGCGAGCUCAAGAAACAAAUGAUCAUCAACAGCGCUCGAAAAUCGCGGGUUCUGGAAGUUGCCCGCGAGCGCAUGGCCUUCCAGGAAUACAUGACCAUCCACGACGACCUGGACUCCCAAGUCCAACAAGCCUACCUAAAACGAACCAGAACGCUAGGGAAGAGCAAAAAGGGCUCCCAGGCGAAGCAUCGACCCGGUGGUGCCGGCGGCGGAAGCCACGUCGUCAGCGCUGCUGGUAUCAGCCGACCUGCCAUCGGAGACGUUGCUCGAACCCUCAUGGACCGACGUAAGCGCUGGCGCGACUGCAUUGGUCCUGUCUUUAAAGACUGUAAGACUAGUGUUCCGGGUCCAGGCGACAGCUUGUUUGCCCCGGCUGCUAUGGCCGAGUAUGAGAAGGCUGAAGUGGAUGGCUGGGAGGAGGAGCAGGAGUGA